AUGGGGAACACGCCCUCCAAGCCCUCGCAAGGUCGUACUUCCCAGAAGCUGUCCAAGGCGAGGAUCCCCAACUCCUCCACGGCCAAGGCGCCUACUUCAGCUCCCAGCACCCCGCAAGCCGGCACUAUCACUCUUACCUCGCACGACCAGGCCCCGGCCCUGAUCAGCAUCCCUUAUUCUGCAACCACCACUCCCAGUCCUGUCGAUGAGGAUCACAACGAAGUGGGCAAGGAGCCCUCAGACAGGCAAUUUCUUGUACCGCCAAAGGUGCAGAGGCGACUCAGUCUGUUCCGAUCGAAAUCAUCCCAGGAUACAUCGGAGCGCCGCAAGUCUAGGCGCAAUACCAUCAUCGGGCCAUCCACUCCCACUUUGGAAGCUGGUGGCGUCUCGAGGGCACAGUCUUUGUCUGCUCACAAUGUUACGAAAGAACCGCAGAAUGUCGUACCCAGCAGCGAAGACUGGUCCCCUACCGGGAACCGUGCCUCCUGGGCGUACGAUAUGUCGUCUUAUGAAGCCCAACGGAUCCUGAACCUCGUCAAGGACCAUAAUACACAUCUUCCCCGCAGCCAGACGUCAACAUCGCUGUGCGAGUCUGCACAUAGAGCAGAGAUGCGGUCGCCCAUCGGUCGUCAAACCCCAGCUGUUAUUGGCCAGGCAGAGAGCACCGUGAUAUCUCGGUCCAACUCGGAGAUAUCCCUGCAUCCCCCCAUGCGGCGUCGCUCCAUCAUACAGACACCUGGUGUUGCUACACGGACACGACCAAGUCCUAACGUCACGAGGUCUAGGAGGUCCAGCCUACGACACAGCCACCCUCCAACGCCAAACAUGUCCCGGCAGCCGUCCUUCGAGACAGAUGACAGCCGCUUCUUGUCACUCCCACCGCUCCCUGUACCGAUUCGCGUGUCCGAGGACGCGCCUAGGGUACUGACUCCCAAGGAUACGGAUUACAGCACGACGGGAGCUUUCAAAUUCGGAAGCCUUCGGAUUACCAAUGGAAGCCCUGUCUCGACCCCCUCUACGGCAGCGAUUAGCAGAGGCCCAGCAGAGAUCAGCAGGCCCUAUGCAAGUGGCGGUGUGGACUAUUUCGCCAGUGCUCCAUCCCGUGACACGGAUAUGCCGUCUGCGGCAGUGGAGGACCUUGUGCAGUCAUCUACUGUUCCCCAGGAACCUCUAUUCUCGAAGUCAGGGUCAGUCCGCGAUGUGGUUCCCCAAGCGCAGCUGCCUCCUCUGUCGAUCACCACUGCUUCACACGGCACGGAUGCGAGCGACAUAUUGUCCCCUGCGUCGCAGACGAGCCCUGUUGUUGAGAUUCAACAGAAGGCCCCGGCCAGCCCGGUGCUCAAGACGCAGUCAAGACAAGCAGCGGUUGAUGACGAUUUGUUUGAGGAUGACGAUCAGCCCGAAAUAUCUGGCGUUGAGGUGCUCGACAUCAGAUUAGACCCCAACGCGAAGAGCCUCCCGCCUCAGCCAGUGGACUGGUCACAGCAAGGUACACAAGGCAUUGCGAGGUCUGACAGUGGCUUCGAGUCAAACGCCAAGUCGGAGUCGUCCCAAUCUUGCAACUCACUUACCAAGGCAGACUCUGGCUACAGUUCCAACAUGUCCCUGCGGUCUUUGCGAAACGAGAAGAUCCAAUCUACGCUCGAGAGAGAGGCUGAGAGAAGCUCAACGGAGAGUGAAAGGGACUCAUCCUUAGUUCUGGGCAGGGAGCCCAGGAGAUCGCUUGAGACUCAGGUGACCAAGCCAAUGGGGGCCUUGGAAGUUUCCGCUGCCAAUUCUGCGCACAGUGACAAAGCCCCGACGCCCCCACCAAAAGAUGACGUCUCAUUGAAGCCUACGUCUCAGCCGUCAAAACAAACAGCAGGACCUGGGGUGACACCCAGAAAAGUAGCGCGGCCGCAGCCCGCCGCCAUUGAUACCAACAAGGGCAAAGACAAGCGAGGCCUUAGGUCUCCAGGAUCCGCUCCAUCUACUCCAGCGAGUGUGAGAUCGGAGGACUCGACGUCAUCCUUGAGUAUUGGAAACAAUACCCAGAAGCCAGGCAGAUUGCAGCGUUUUCUCAGCCUGAAUCACUCGGCGAGGCAGUCUCUCACAGUGCAUGAGACGCAUACCUUCGACAAUGAAGUGCCGUCGGUUCCCAAGGAGGUCGAAGACAAGCUCCGUGAGCAUACCGGCCUGUUCCCCACAACGGCCAGGAGGCUUGCACUGAAAUCCCAGAUAAGCAAGGAGACUUUGAAGACGAUAUUGAGUGUCGGCAGUCUAGAAAUCUCCAAGGACAAUGAGCUACCUGCCACACCGACGACUCCAGACGGUGAUGACGACAAGACGAUACGCGACUCAGACGACAGCCAAGAAAGCUCCUUGAAGCAGGCCUUCAGCUCCGUGCAGACAAAUUUCAAGAGCGGCGCAGUCUCUGUGGUGCAACACCGACGAGAUAUCCCACGGAAGCCUGUGCCCACCCCGAGACCUUCGCAAGACCAGGGUCUUACCCAGCAAGCUCUCAGGGACGAUAGCAUGCUUGCUCUCACUACGCGACAAGCGGAGAUCCUCACCUCCAAUCAGCAUGGCAUCGCGCAACUCGUUUCGCUCGCCUCCGCCGCGGUCACCAUUGAGCCCGCAGGGACCGGCGGUUAUGCGAAGUACGAGCCACAGUGGUGUGACUGGCAGCAUGAAAAGCCCAUCUCCGCUGGGCGCUAUGAACCCUGGAAGUUCCCAGCGAGCGCAGACGAUCCGAGUAAUACACCCCCCGUCUACCACCAUCUCGGGCACCUUGGCUCCCUCACGCAACUCUCCAGAUGCCCUCGGCUCUGCGUCGGUCAACAAUCGCCCCCAUUCGAUGUCGCCAGUCCGCUGUGA